AUGGAAAAAGCUUUGGUAAUGUGGAUUGAAGAUAAAUCGCAAAAGGGAAUACCAGUAGAUAGAAUUGCUAUCAAACAAACUGCAUUAAGAAUUUAUAAACGUAUUAAAGAAGUUGAGCCAGGCACUUCAUCUCAGUCAAAACAACCCGAAUUUUCUGCAAGUACAGGUUGGAUAACAGGUUUUCUUAAACGACAUGCUCUCCAUAAUGUAAAAAUUAAGGGAGAAACUGCGUCUGCAGAUGAAUUGGCUGCCAAAAAAUUUCCUGAAAAACUUAGAAAAAUUAUUGAAGAUGGAGGAUACACCCCAGAUCAUGUUUGGAAUGUAGAUGAAAGUGGCCUCUUUUGGAAAAAAAUGCCGAGCAGAACUUAUGUUGCAAAAUCGCAGAAAACUGCCGGUGGUUUAAAAGUAGCAAAGGACUGUGUAACAUUGUUGUUUUGUUCCAAUGCUUCAGGAGAACACAAUGCACCUUGCCAUCCGCUCCUGGAGCACCCAAAUGUGCAAUUUUGCUAUCUUCCGCCUAACACUACAUCCUUAAUACAACCGCUAGACCAAGGGAUCAUUGCUACUUUUAAAAAGUACUACAUAAAACGUUCAUUCCAAUACGUGGUAGACAAACUAGACCAUAAUGAGGAUUUAACAGUCAUUGAUAUGUGGAAAAAAUUUUCUAUUAUGGACUGCAUUAAUCAAGUUGGGUUAGCGUUAGCUGACUUAAAGCCAUCAACCUUGAACUCAUGUUGGAAAAAUAUUUGGCCAGAAUGUGUCAAAAGCAAAGAUCCUGAUCCUGUCAUCCAUAAUAACGCUGUUUUUACUGACAUCACAACGCUGGCACAUACAAUUGGUGGAGAUGGAUUCGAUGAUCUAUCAUUUGCCGAUAUAGAGGAAUUAUUAGCUGAUGAAAGCUUGAGCGAAAAUGAAAUUAUAGACCUCACUCUUGAGACUCAUCAAGACAGAGAACAUAGCGAUAAUGACGAAAAAGAUCCUCCCAUUUUAAAUGCAACUCUAAUUAAAGAAGGCCUUGAUCUUGCCAGAAAAUUAGGUAAUCAUUUUCAACAACAUGAUCCUGAUGAGGAACGAGCUGCAAAAUUUCAACGUGAACUGAAAUCAUUAAUGGCAUCUUACAGGGAACUUUAUAAAGGUUUAUCACGAAAUCAAACACAAUCUUUAAUGACUGAUUUCCUUCUAAAAACUACUGAAUUAUCAACACAGGAGCCUAGAGAUGAUAAUCCAGAAACAAUUUCACAAGAUGAUGAACAAAAUAAUUCUAGUGAUGGCAGUGAUAUUCUAGUCCUACGCAAACGUAUGCGUUUAUUGUCAGAAAGUGACAAUGCAUAA